GUGCGAGUCGCGGUGCGUCCUGGUGUUCCUCUCAGACGGUGCAAGUUUCCCCGCGGAGUGAAAACAUCUCGUUGUUGUCUCAUGGAUUUCUGGACGGUUCUGCUUCUCUUCGCUGCAGCAGCAGCACCAGCAGCAGCAGAAGCUGCAGCAGCAGCACCAGCAGCACCAGCAGCAGCACCAGAAGCUGCAGCAGCAGCACCAGCAGCAGCAGAAGCUGCAGCAGCAGCACCAGCAGCAGCAGAAGCUGCAGCAGUAAAUCUGACCAGGAAGGUCGGUGACAACGUGACGCUCAGCCUGGAACACAAACCGCUGAAACCUGGGGACACGGUGAUCUGGUCCAAUGGUCCAGAGACGGGGGAGGAAAAUGUUCUCUUCUACAUCUUCGACAUCGGGAAUCAUGACGGACCGACCCAAAAGGACCGGUUUGAUCUGGAUCUGACCACCGGCGCUCUGACCAUUAAACGUCUCUCAGCUACAGAUUCGGCAGUUUAUUAUGGACAGAUCAUCAAUGGCAACGGGACCAAACGAUUCUUCAAGCUGACGGUGGAGGGGCCUGAUCCCAUCCAACCAACUGAUGAACCUCAACAACAUCCAAACACCAGGAUCAUUAUCAGCGCCGUUGUUGCUGUUGUUGUUCUCAUCUUUCUCUUCAUUGCUUUUGUAGUGAAGAAGAAAAAACCAUGCAGAAAGUCUUCAGUCGUCUGAUUCCCAACAUUCAACCUUCUCUCCAUUCCUCACCGACGGGCCUCAGCUGAUCCAACAGAACCUCCAGAACUCUUUUCAGUCCAUUUGUUUCUUGUUCAGAGUCUGGGCUGAUCGUGGUGCUCCUUUCCUCUCAGGGAGAAUCAUCGUUUUAUGAACUGUUGAACUGCCCAGUUCAACAGUUCAAACGCCAAAUACAUCUGAAUGUGCGUUGAUGCAGUCAGUGGGAACUGUCCCAAUGCUACAGCUGAAGCUUUGGGGUUCAGCCAAUCAGCACCAAGGAAAACAAAUGCUGCUCCAUCAUUUGCUGCUUUGCAAACAUUAGCCAGUACAGUGUGAUAGUGUCUUAUGCAGCUUUGCAUGUAUUUCAGCUUCCCAGAUGCAUUAUCAUUAGAAUAUUUUAGAUCAACUCUACAAAGAGUCACAUUUCACAGAAAACACUGAAUCCUUCGAUUUCACAGUAAAAGCAUUCAGUUAGCAUUAGCAUGGCGCUAAAUUACCUAAAAUCUUUUGUUGUUUGACGUUAAGAAGCAUUUUUUAUCUCAGGAUCUCAAAAGAACUCAACAAGGGCAAACAGGGUGUUAGAAAGAUUAAAAGAGCAAACAGCUGAUGGCAGAUUAUUUCUUAAAAAACGUUGACUUAUGAUUCAGAUUUUAGUCAGUAUGUUUGUUUUGUCUGACAUGUUCAAUACAGUCACUGAAUUGGCAACAGGGGGGUCACUAUAGUUCACUGUAAGCAUGGCCUGUCAGUCUGACCUCUCUUUCUCACAGGAGAGGUUGACCUUUAGACCUUUGCUGAUCGGCUUCACAUGUAGAAAUCAAUCGAUCACAGAUCUCCCAAAAUUCAGAAAAUUGUCACCAAUAAAUCGCCUGGCCGAUAAAUCGGUGCACCUGGAGGGAAACAAACAUCUUAAUGCCGUCUCUAAAACAACCAGUAUGUUGUCAUACGCACUUAUUAAUGUUUGAGGUUAAAUUAUUUUAUUUAGAAACAAAAGUCUAAUUUAUUUGAAAUGAACUUGAUAUGUGCACAUGUGUUUCCUGGAUGAAAAGCUGCAAAAAUGAAUUGCAUAUAAAAUGUGUGUGCAGGUGAGUGUAAACUGAAGUUUAUUUAUUGAGCCUUAGUGUCAGUUUGAACCAGUGAUGUUAAAGUUUGAGUUGCUUUCACUCAUUUUUAUUGAAAGUUUUGUUUCAGAAUCAUUGUUUCUAUUUAUUCCAGUGGUCAGUGGAAAUAUUUCAUUUCUGAUCAUCAGGCACAAAAUAAUAAUCUUGUUAAAAGAAUUUAAGCUUGUUUAUGGGACAUGAUCUUCCCAUAAACAAGUGGAUCAGGAGUUUGUUGAAUGAAUCAAUCAAUGAUGUAACUUUAAGGUGAAAUAAAAAGAUAAAUUGUG